GCGCUGCCCGCCAUGGCAGCGGCGGGCUGAGCUCUGCCCUGGGCCGCAGUCGCGGACUCAGGCUUCUCCGCCGCGAACCAGGGGCUGAGGCCGUAGCAGCGGUAGCCGCCCGCUUGUCGCCGCCGCCCAUGGCGAGGCCCCGCCGCCGCCGUCGCUGCUGACCCGGGGCCGGCGCGGCUUCCGUCCUCCGCGGGGCGCGGGCGGCCUGCCUUUGCGCCCGCGACCGCGCCCGCGCCCCGGGGCUACCAGCCGGGCGCUCGACGAUGGGGAACACAACCUCGUGCUGCGUGUCGUCCAGCCCCAAGCUCAGGAGGAAUGCACACUCGCGGCUGGAGUCCUACCGGCCCGACACGGACCUCAGCCGUGAGGACACGGGCUGCAACCUGCAGCACAUCAGCGACCGGGAAAACAUCGACGUGAGAGAAAAACGCAAGAGUCUCUUCAUUAACCAUCAUCCUCCAGGCCAGACAUCAAGGAAGUACAGCUCCUGUUCCACCAUCUUCCUAGAUGACAGCACAGUCAGUCAGCCAAACCUCAAGUACACCAUUAAAUGUGUAGCUCUUGCAAUAUAUUACCACAUCAAAAACAGGGACCCAGAUGGAAGGAUGCUCUUAGAUAUUUUUGAUGAAAACCUCCACCCUCUUUCGAAAUCCGAAGUGCCACCAGAUUAUGACAAACACAACCCAGAGCAGAAGCAGAUUUACCGGUUCGUUCGGACACUGUUCAGUGCUGCUCAGCUGACAGCUGAAUGUGCCAUUGUCACCCUGGUAUACCUUGAAAGGCUCUUGACGUAUGCAGAGAUUGACAUCUGUCCAGCCAACUGGAAGCGCAUUGUUCUAGGGGCAAUCCUGCUGGCCUCUAAGGUGUGGGAUGACCAGGCUGUGUGGAAUGUAGAUUACUGCCAGAUCCUGAAAGACAUCACAGUGGAGGACAUGAAUGAGCUGGAGCGACAGUUCCUAGAACUCCUACAGUUCAACAUCAAUGUUCCUUCCAGCGUGUAUGCCAAGUAUUAUUUUGAUCUUCGUUCUCUGGCAGAAGCAAACAACCUGAGCUUUCCCCUGGAGCCCCUAAGCAGGGAGCGUGCCCACAAGCUUGAGGCCAUCUCUCGUCUCUGUGAGGACAAGUACAAGGACCUGAGAAAACCCACCAGGAAGCGGUCAGCAAGUGCUGACAACCUGAUUCUACCACGGUGGUCCCCCGCCAUCAUUUCCUAACUGGGGCACCCUUCUGAGGUUAUGCCAUCCCUUGGUUUCUCCUCUUGUUUGAGAAAAGAUGAACUUGGGGUGGUUUGUUCUGUUCUUUUUUCCCCCUUCUGUUUGAACACAGCCCCGUCAAGGCUGCCUUCACGCCUGCCUCCACACUGCAUUCUGCACACUAAGAGGCUUUAGGGGAUGUGAAAUCAGUGUUCUGGCACCCGGUAUCGAGCUUUCCCGGCCGUCAUGAACAGCACUUCUUUCAUGGAGGAAAAAGACUCUAAUCCUGGAGAGGAAAUGAAGGAAAGGGAAGUUGUAUUGAGGCAGAGAGUACUUGGUAGCUUGACUGUUUCUGGGUCCCUGUCUGGUCAUAAAUACCAGAUAGAGCCAGAGGUAGGUAGCAGAGUUGAGUGCACAUCCGAGUCAGGAGUGCCAUACUGUGCCCUUGGAAUCGGUAUACUCUGUAAGACUUCCUGUGUUCCUUCUUGCUGCUUUCUUGGGAUUGGGGUGGGGAGUUGUUUGUUCAUUUUUAUUCUGGUUUGGUUUUGAUCCCACAGAGCAGAGAAUAUAGUUUGUACCCACCAUGGCACAGACAUCCAAAUAAAUAGUACUGAUUUGUUUAUCUCUGCAUCAUCUUCUCGAGCUGUCUUCCUCACAAGUGAGAUGUGCUUAUUGUGUUUCUACACACUUGUUUAUAUGAUUCCCCUCCAACAAUAGCCGGAUUAACUUAACUGUAGUGCUGAACCAAAAGUCUCCCUCUCCUGCCUCAGUCCAGGAACGUUCUAUCUAGAUUACAUGGGUGCUUGUGCCUUCCAGUUUUCUUGCAGUUGGUUGUUCUUGGUUUUGUUUUUGUCACCCUUCUCCUUCCCCAGUUCUCUUUUUCUGCUAACAUGAAGGUGUAAUUACAAAACUCAGUCAGACUUUGUUGCUGAAGGCAAUGGUCCUCAGCAUAGGCGUCCUGGAGAGAGAAGCAUCCAGGGAGCCAGGUUUGCCUGACUUCAUUGUGAGGAGCCAUGUCCAUGUGCUCCCUGCCUGGUCAUUCUUCUACUUCCAUGUCCAUUGUUGCAAGCAAUAUUCUUCUUGACUUUUAUAUGUUUACUUUAAAUCAAAUUCAGUCUAUUUGUAUACAGUUUUUUUAAAAAUCUAAAAUUAAAAAAAAAAGUGUGGGGGAGGGAGUGGGUGGGUGGGUAUUCCAGCGGGAAGAUCACUAAAGGGAAAAAUGUUACUAUUUCCUGAGGUAUUUUUCACAGAAUGGUUGAAUAAAAAAAAACUCAAUUUGCAUUUUCAUUGUGGGUGCUUGGAGAAGCUACACAAACUGUGAAGGCUCAUGCUUCCUUUAUUAUAACCAACGUUUGUAUUUUCUGACUGUUUCUGAUUUGCUUUGGGGCUAGAUCAGACUCUUUUGUUGAGUAAAAUAAAGGGGUUAAAGGUACCCUGUCAAUGAGAAAAUCUGACCUGAAGUCCAAGAAUCCAAGUCACUCACACAUAAGUGCUUUGCUUCUGCGCCUUGUAGGUUACAGUGACCAAGGUUUGUAAGUUUUUCAUUGUUUGAGACACUUGGGAUAAAUGCUAGCAUUCAGCUUGUUACAUCCUCCUCUGUGUGAGCUGGGAAGAGUUUAGAAUUGUCUGUUAAUUUGUGUUGAAUACUCAGAAAUCAUAUGCCUGACCCCAACAGGUCCCUCUCCAUGGAACACACUUUGGAAAUGAAAAGAACAAAAUGUCAGAAUCCCAAGAGCAUGGAGCCAGAAAUGUUACAGUCAGGGUUCAGUGGAGUGUGUUUUGCAGUCAUGUUCCUAGUCAGAAGUGUGAGCAGUUCUAGCCUACAUGUCCAAAACAGGAAGUGAAAAAUUAACUACCCUCUUAUCGCACCUUUGAUGAUUUGCUCUAAGUGGGAAACAAAAUCAGCUUCUCUCUUCAAGAACCUUAAACAGAGGCUAAAAUGUAGGAAAGUGUCAUUUCGUAUUCUCUCUUCUCUAGAAGUCUAAAAGGGACCUAUUUUUCUUAGCCAAAUAUGAAUACCUCUUAGAUGAGUUCCUUCCUCUCGUGUAAAAUACCUUAUUUUACCAGCCCGUUUCAGAAAAGAACUGCUGACUUGAUUGCAGAAAUCUUAUUUUUAUUCCUUUUUUUUGAAUGGGAGAUUUGGAAAUUGACUUCUGUAAAUAUUUCAAUGCACCUGAUACUAUUUUGUGGAGUUUAUUAAACUACUUUAAAAGAUUGUACAGUCUAUUUAUUGUAUGUGUGUACACACAGUCUGAUACCUGACAUCAACAGUGACUCCUUAAAGCCUGGCUCAGUUUUAUUCAGACUUAUGGCUGUUGUGUUUAAGCCUUGUGCACUGGACUCUACCUCUGAAUAGGAAACUCCCCUACACAUCAGUGAGUGUUAAUUUGUAUUAAUUGAUUGUGUUUCUUGCGCUAAGGAUUUCAUUCAGUUGUACCGUUUAGCCUGAAUCACUAGGCAUGUAGGUAGAGACCCAUUUCAUUUUCCUAUACGAUGUUGAAGACUUUAUUUUCUGUUCUCUGGAUUGUUCUAAGCUUGCCAAAAGAAAAAGGAGAAAAAACAAAAAAUGUAACAGUAUGUGUUAUUAAAUCAUAGUGGCUGUAACUUGUUUGCAAAGUAGUUUGGUGUCCAGCAGAUAACAGUGGAUGCUGUUCAGGAGUGCUCUCAAUGCAGCCUUUAGUGGAGAGCUCGUCACUGAAGGACAAAGAAGGCCACACAGUUUGUUGACUUUUAAAUUUGAUCUAAACAGCAAAUAUAAUUUGUUGGAGAAUAAUAAACAACACGUCUUGGUAAAUUAUGUUUUACCCUUUCAACUGGGAGAGGAAAGUAGUUGAGUUUAAAUGAAGUUAUUAAAAAGUACUGAGAAUCUGAAGGCCUAGAGGUGCUCUCAUGCCUUAAUGCUCGGGUGAGACCAGCUAAAGCCUCACACCUCCAGCUGUUGAGGCUAGCUCUUCUGUGUUCCUUCUCCAUGGUCUCUGCCUGGGACAUCUCCAUCUUGGGGUUUCCUUUGGUUCAGGGGAUUUUUGCUGCUUAGCUGAGCUUCAAGGCAGAAUUUAGUGAGUCAUGAUUUUGCAUAUUCCUGAUACUUUAGGGACUGCAACCUGGGGCCAUAUUUUAAGUUUUGAGUAUAUAUAUAUAUUCCUAGUUAUUUAUAAGUAUUUAAUAAGUUAAAUAAAUAUAUAUGUACAUAGAACAAAUAGUGUCUGCCUUCCUGCUGUAUUUUUUUUUUUUUUUAGUUAUGUUGAGAUAAAAUUUGACAGGUUUUCCAGGGUGGUAGCACUGGCCUGUAAACCCAGUGGACAUGGCUGAGACAAGGGAUCAUAAUUUUGAGGCUGGCCCAGGCUAUCUAGUAAGGUUUUAUGGGUGGUGAGUAAACUAGUUCUAAGCAGUAUGAGAAUGUGUGUGAGCCUUAGAUGAUUGAAAGACUAUGAGACCACACCCACUUGGGACUUGAAGCAGGUAGGACCAAGGUAGAACACAUGCUGUCAUUAAAUAUUGUCUCUGUCUUACAAAGCGCUGAGGCUGGGUAGUUCUUAAAAAUAUGGAUGAUCUUCUGAAAAGCCAGUCACAGCCAGUGCCUAUACUUGUUAACAGAAGAACCAGGAAACAAAGCCUUCAGCAUUGUUGGGGAAAGUGCUUACUUAGGGCUUGAACCCUACGUUUCAUGAACAAAGAAAACUCCAGGCCCCCAUGGAAAUAACAACUCACUCUUACUGAAUGCAGAGCACCGAGCAGCACCUGAAUAGCCUUCCCAGGGGCAAACUGCAUUAGAAAUGAGGUUGUCAGUGGAGCGUGUGCUCAGUGCUGGUGACUUGGCCAAGCCAUACUCCUAUGCUGCUUGUUAGGGCUUCUUACUGAGUAUGUACACGGUAAGGCCAUCAGUCUUCUGGUGCCACUUUUACUAGAAAUUUCUUCAGAAACCAUACGAAAUGAUUACUUUUAUUGACUGUAUAAGAGUCACUGGAAGCCGCUUUUGUGUGUGCACUGCUGCAGGGUGAGCUAUGCUCAAGCCAAGAUUUGUUAUAAAACGGCAUAGAGAGUUCUAUAAGAAUCUAUUUAUAGUAAGAAAUGCCCUCCAACAUGUUGUCUGACUGGAUGACAUUUGGGUUUUACAGGUCCCAGUAAACUAUCUUGUAUCCUUUUGUGCUUUGUUUGGGGGUAGGGGACUUUAUUCCUUUUGAGUACUUUUGUUUAUAUAAAUAAAUUAUUUCAAAUGUGCAAUCAAAGAAUGUCAUCUCAAAAUAAAUGGAGUUUUGACAAAAUUGUUAA